AUGCUCAAGCCUGGUAACCCACGCACCAUCAGUCUCACACAAGUCUGCCGACAAAUUCGAGAUGAGUUCAGGAAGAUCUGGAUGCAAAACGUCUCCUUCACAGUCAGAGACAAAGACAUCAAGAGGUUCACGAACGCGUUCUUUGCGUCGGACAAUACGAACCAGCGCGUACUCAAUGGGCAACACCCCUCGCGCGUCAUUUAUUUUUAUCCGCCAUCCACGAAUGUGGACAUACUACCUCUCCUGGAAGUUAAGAUAGUGUCCCCGGAGACCGAGGUCAGCGUCAUCCCCGGUCCCGCAGAUACCGAAGAGCAAUUCUAUUCCCAGUAUAACUAUAAGACGGCUCUACAACAUGCCAAGUUCUGA